AUGGCGGCGAUGAGAUACGAAGGAAGCGUUUUUAUCACAUUCAUCUUCUUCUCCGUCUUCCUUCUUCAGUGCCCACUUGCUCACUCUUCUUCUACAAAAUUGUUCUGGUUAGCAGAAACAGAAGAUAUGAAUGCCAUGAAAAAGGAGCAUGAGAUUGAUAUUGGAUCAGCCAGUGAAGCUGAAGAAAGAAAAGUUCCGACUGGAGCCGACCCUCUCCAUCAUCACCACAUUCCCUUUGUUUCUCCAUAGAUUAGUUGCCUUUACAUCUUUUGUUUCCCAUAAUUCACAUUAGUCUGUAACACGUUUUACAAUCCAGAUUUUGGUUUUGUUUUUCCGAAUGUUAAUUAAGUUUCCUGUUAUAAAAUGAUUAUUUGUUAGUCUGUAACAUCCAAUGACGAACGUUUCAAACGUUUUUGUCAUCUUCUUAGAAAUA